CUAUAUUGUUUGUUUGAGUAUGUGAAUUCUUGAUUACUGAACUAAUACUAUGUGCUGUGAGCCUUGUUAUGAAUAAUGAUUUUGCUUGAGUUUGAUCAUUGUGAAUUCUCUCUUUCCCUUUACUGGGUAAUGCUUAAAAAUUCAAGAUUCCAACUUGGUUUCCUUUAGAACAGUUACUGAGUGAGGUAAAGGAAAUUUGAUUAAAAUUUGAUUCAUUGGUUCACUUUUAGCUUGAUUUUUUGUUGAUUGGAUGAUUGAUUGAGUUUGAUUAUUAAAAAUAAACUGCAAAGUGAGGUAAAGGUAGAAUCUUGGAUGAAAUUUGGAUUUUUUUGCUUCACUUUUAGCUUGUUUUGUUGUUGAUUGGAUGAAUGAUUGAGUUUGGUUAGUAAAGUUUAUGUCUUUGUGCUUUGUGAUGUUUUUGUGGCCAUUUCUGGUUUUGUUUGUUUGAGGAAAGAUGGGAAUGGUAAUAUGUGAAUCCUUGACUUUUGUUGAUUUAAAUUAUGAUGUUGGUUGAAACUAAUACCAUCUGCUGUAAGCCUUGUUGUGAAUAAUAAUAUUGCUUGAGUUUGAUUGUUAAAGCUUAUGUCUUUGUGGUGUGUGAUGUUUUUGUGGCUUUUUGUGUUUUUGUUUGUUUGAUGAGAGAUGGGUUUCCAUCAGAACAACUACUGAGUGAGGCCUGUUCAUACUCGAUAUACCAAAACCACUUCAUUCGAUUAUAGCUGUUGCAGCUUUUAAGAAUUUGAAAGGAGACAGUUCUGCUUUCCUUGGAUAUGCAAUAUGAAGGACGCUGGUAACAUCUCUCAGUACCGAGAUAAAUUGGAUCAGACAUUAUUGUCUCAUGAUCUUGUAAACAAUGAUUUACUUAAGAACCUUGUCAAGAAUCAAAUGCUACGCUCGUCCGAGUGUGAUCUUCAAGAAUGCAGUGACGAUCUGGUAGAGAGAAGAACCAAGGAAGUGGCAAACUUCCUGAGCAUGUUAAGGAGUACAUCUGUAACUGAUAGUGAGCAGUCAAAAUCUUCGGAAGCAGCAUAUGGUGCUUGGAAAGUGAAACAAGAUACUGAAGAAUACCGUGUUAUGUAUCGAGAGGGACCAGAAGGCACUCCUUUCCAUACCCUCCUUGUUGAAGGCUAUGUAGACGGCCCAGCAGAUGUUUGUUUAUGCAUCUCAUGGGGGGCAGAGUUCUACAAGAAAUGGUGGCCUCAAACCGCAAUUCCUACAUUUAAGAUUGUAGCCUCGGAGUGCGUGCAGAAGGUCAGAGAGGGUGAACAAAUAUGUCUAGUAAGGAUGAAGCUUUCAUGGCCAUUGUCAGCAAGGGAGGCCCUUAUACAUUUCUUUGUAUUUGAGUACAUUCAAGACGGUCUGAUAGUAGUGCUUCUAAAUUCGAUCUCUGACGUAGAUAGUGUUGACAGAAGUACGCAUGGGUACUCGAAAGAAGGAAUACCACUCCCGCAGGAUGUAGUACGAAUUGAUGUGGUGGGAGGUUUCGCUAUCCAGAAAGUUACUGAUAAUCGUAGCUACUUCAGGACUAUAGCAAACAUGGAUAUCAAACUGGACUUGAUUCCUCCUUCAUUCAUCAAUUUUGUCUCAAGGCAGCUCGUAGGUGCUGGUUUCAAGCUUUAUAAAAAGGAAGUAGCUUCAGUUACCAAAGGUGACGAAGAUUUCAGCAAAGCUCUAAAAGAUCCACUAUAUGCUCGCAUACGAAAAGCUCUUUAUUCGGAUAAUAUACCUAAUGGCAACACGGCUUUGGAACUGCUAGACCUAAAGAAAGAUGUGGAUCAGCUUGAUGAAGAGAAAAUUAAUGGCAAUGGGGUUUUAGAAUUGCAAGAGUUCAAGGAAGAAACAUGUGUUAGUCUCGAUGAACGGACAGGAGAUGGAAACGGUGCUUUAGAACUCCAAGAUCCAAUAAGAGACGCCUAUGUUCAACCGGGACAAGUAGUACAAACAAAUGUUGAAGAUAAAAUCCCAGAGCACAAGGAUGACUUUGGGGCUAAAGAUAACAAAAUUCAUAGUGAAAUUGAGGAAAUUAAUGAAGACACAGGUGAUAUGAUUGAAAGUUUAGAUGAGAAUGAUGAAAAAGUCCGUGAUUUUCCAGCUAAUCAACUCGUAGAUGUGCCUACCAACAAGAAGGAGGUUGUGAUUAGCUCUGAGGUUCGACAAGCUCUGGGAACUUUGGAGAAGGCUAUCUCUAUCAUUAGAGAUUUUGGAUAUAAUUUGGAAAUUAGGUCCGUUCCCAGCAACACUACUGUUAAGUCUGUCGGUGUAGAGGACAACGGACAGAAAGAUAGAAAAUCAUCAGAAACUGAUCGAAUUCAUGGAAGUGGCAGAGCUUGUGCUGAAUCGCCCAAAAAAGAAUUGUUAGAGGGGAUUUUUUAUGAACACAGGAACAGCUCUGCUAGUCAUGGUUCCAGGCGUACAAGUUCUAGUUUGUGCAUGAGGGAAGCUAACCACAACAAGAAGAUUGCUCCUGCAUCACCGGAUGAUUAUGUUGAAACCUCUGGCGAAGCACGACAAGUUGUUGUACGUACCUCAGUAGACCAAAAGAAGGAAGAUAUCGUCACAGCUGUCCAUGCAGAUAGCGUCCACGGAAAAGAGAAUGGUAAAAGAAAAAGAAAGCUACCAUUUUACUGCUGCUUGUAUUUUCUCCCGGGACAAGUCAUGAGUUAAGUAAGAGAGCAAUUUGUUUAUAGGAAAGCAACUAUAGAUUACCUGUUAUUACGUAUGUAAAAUUCUCAUGGAAUUAAGGUCAAUACCAUAGUGUUCUAUACAACACAAUGUAACUAACAUGCUUAUAUUUAUGACACUAAUUUGAUAGUGACAGUACCACAAA